CAAAACAUCAAAAACAUUAAAAUCGACAGGUUGUUCCAGUAAUUACGUAUCAGCAAAUUAAAUCUUAAAACUAUUAAUUGCAACCAUACUAUGCAGUAUCCAUCUGAAUUUGAUACCGUUAAACUUCACAUUACCUCAAAACUGGCAGCAAUUAGCAAGAAUCAAAUUAGCAGUAUCUUAGCAGUUCCACUGUUAUGAUGUGGGCGCUUAAGUAAAUAUUUGUAUCUCUUUCACAUUCAAGUGAGUUUCGGGUUUAUGUUAACUUGCUUUAAAAAAGCUACAUUCAGGUGUCAAUUUUCUCAAAAUUACGUCACUUCCCUUUGUAAGCCGAAACUCUACAACAGUUUGUAGUAGUAGUCGCCGAAGUAGUUGGACGGGGUGACUUCUUAACUAAGUUUUAAAAGUUUUGCACCGGUGUGAUUUCGCCUGUUUUAAAUCCAUUGCGGAAUAAAAGCCUCAAUCUCAAAAACAAGAACAUAGCAGCAAUAAAACACAAAUAUAUGCAUUUUAUAUUUUUCUGCUUGUCUGAACGCUACAGGUAACUGCAAAAAAUAGGGCAUCCCUGUGCUCUUAACGUGUGUUAGGGACGGCAAAGCAUAUUUCGGAAUCAGGUAUGUGCAGCGUAAUCUCGAGGAAUAAAGAAGCAUUUAAAAAAAACUGUAAGAAAUGAAUCGGGUUAAGAUUUUUGAACCUUGGAGGUUCGCUUUACUGUGAAGCUUCAGCAAGGAAGAUUUUUUUUUGAUCGUUUCUUGAAGAAAUGAGCGAAGAAGAUGGGAUUGUGUUUGGGUUCUGAGAUGACAGAGGAGGAAAAGAGAGCCAGGAUUCACAGUGACAAAAUCGACCGAGAUCUCUAUGAGUAUGCUAAGCAAGAAAUGAACGUGGUUAAAAUUCUGAUGCUGGGAGCUGCUGAGAGUGGGAAGAGCACCCUGGUGAAACAGAUGAAGAUCAUCCACAGCCAUGGGUUCACAAGGAAGGAGCUCAUUAGCUUUAAGCCUGCUGUGCUGGAUAACCUGCUGACAUCCAUGAAGUUUGUUCUGCACGGAAUGGGCGUCUUAAGGAUCAAUUUGGCGAGCAGUAAGAACAAGGUCCACGCUCACUCGGUGCUGUCCUGCGGGCGCUGCUUCGACGAGGACCAGGUGCUGUUCCCCUUCGUGAGUCACGCCCUGCGCUGCCUGUGGGCCGACCAGGGCGUGCGCGUCGCGGCUGCUCGCGGCUACGAGUACGAGCUGAAUGAUUCGGCCAUGUAUUUCUUUGACAACAUGAAUCGGAUCAUUGCCCCCGAGUACAUACCCACUGAGACAGAUGUGCUGAGAGUGCGGCUUCGGACUACAGGCGUGAUUGAGACCCAAUUCAAAGUGAAUCAUCUGGUUUUCCGGAUGUAUGACGUGGGAGGGCAGCGGACAGAGAGGAGGAAGUGGAUCAGCUGUUUUGAGGAUGUCAGGGCGGUGCUGUUCGUGGUGUCCCUCAGUGGCUAUGACAUGACUCUGGUGGAAGACUCCUCCAUGAAUCGUCUUCAAGAAAGCCUGAAGCUUUUUUCUUCGAUCUGCAAUAACGUGUUCUUCAAAAGUACAUCAAUGAUUUUGUUUCUGAACAAAAUCGAUCUUUUUCAAGAAAAGAUUUUACACUCUGGGAGACACUUGAGACUGUACCUCCCACAAUACAGAGGUGCUGACUGUGAUGUCGACUCAGCUGCUCGAUACCUUGCCAGCAUGUUCCUCUCACUCAAUAAGACCCCCAGCAAACUCAUCUACCACCACUUCACCACCGCGACAGACACGUCCAAUGUGCAAAUUGUCUUUCAGGUCGUCAUGGACACCAUCAUCAAGGAGAACCUGGAAGCUGUGUCAUUGCUUUGAGAGGAAAGCUCCGUCUUUUUCGAAUGAGAACUGAGCUGAGAACGUUGGAUUGCAAUUAUGCUUCUGCGUUCUUGCCUGAAGCCACUUUUAAAUUGAAGUUAAAUGCGUCUCGGACAAGAGCUUCGUAGCUUAACUGUCUUGUUUUUAAAGGAGCUGCAUCAGGCAGAUUUGUUUUUCUAAGAACUGCAGUAUUUGUACCUUGUAUAUUUAUUUUCUAAUCUCUGGAGUUCUUCGCAUUUUCAUGAUGCAUCAAAACCUUAAUGCAGCGACUGCUUCAGUUUAAAUAGUUUUUCUCUGCUUGCUACAGGGAUGUAGCAACAUCCCCUUCGUCCACUGCUUGCCAAGCAUGCUUCCUGUACCUGUCCUGAAGUAACUAACAGAUCACGCAACACUUGUUUUGAGAAGACGGAACCUUUUAAAGAGCAAUGGGCAGGCUGAGGCUGUCAUCAGGUCUGUUGCUGCUUCCACAGAAUGGAGGGUGAAAUAAUAAACUGCAGACAUGCUCAGAGGUUUUGUCCAAGAAGCUGAGUAGCAGAAUGACAGAAAGCUAGAGUGUGUUUGGAUAUUUAUUUGUAAACCAGAUUUACUGUUGCCUCCAGAGCUUUACCCAUGCAUAUGCAUCACCUUUGUGCACCUUAUAAAUCAGUAGAUCUGUCCCAAGUCAGGCUCUUGUCUGUCACGGGGAUAAUUGCACCUUUAUCUUGCUGAGAAAAAUGCCCUUAUUUACUGUAAUAAAUCCAUGAACACUGCCAUCCUUCCCAAGUAAUUAAAGAGCUGCAUUGCCUCA